AAUAUUGACUGCUGUGUUAAUUUAGUAAGUCAAGUGUUUUUAAGCGAGCAGUACACGCGAAAAGACCUGCGGUAAUUUCGACAAUAAAAUAUGCAUUCUUCUAAGAUUGUACUCUUAAAGUGCCUGGUGCUUUUGACAGUGCUCAUAUUUGGCUUAGCUGAAGUAGUCGACUAUAAGCUAUGUCCCGGUUCCGAUCACGAAGAGUGCAUUAUAAAUGAGGUGCGCAUCAAUCCCUGUCCACAGGCCGCUCAGCAUAUAGCGUGCAAAUUGCGACGCGGUAAGCCCUCAAAUAUGUCAUUCGAUUACACGCCAAAGUUUGAUUCCGAUUCCUUCGAGGGUUCCUUGACCUGGGUUAAGAGCGAAACAGAGGAACCUCCACUAUUAGGAUUUGAUAGGGAGGCCUGCAAGUACACAACAUGUCCUAUACGUAAAGAUCAACCGAACAAUUAUGAAAUAAUUGUGCCCAUACAGAAUAAGUUUCCUAUGGGAUCCUAUACUAUUCGAUGGAAUCUGAAGGCACCAAGCGGAAAGAGUUGCUGUUUUACUACUGACAUCAAAUUGGUGCGUUGAUGAGUACUAAAAAAGUUGUGAAAAACAAAAUUUUAAAUAAAAAUUGUUAUUGCGUUGCAGAGGGAAAACAAUAAAAUAAAAUA